UUGAAAACACCGGAGCGAAAGAAUACUGCUAAGUUCUGCAUCAGCUGUGUUUGUAUUACUCCUUGUCGGCGGGUUCGAAAAAGUGUUCGUCCAGCAGCGGAAAGAAACAAAAUGGAUACUUAUUUCUUUGCUGUUUUUUUGACAUUCACCGCUUUCCUUUCCUUUGUUACGUCGCAGACUUGCGAAAAAUCCCAUUACGAGCGUUGUUUAAAGCAACUUCAUUACUUCACGGAGAAAGGAGAUCUCCUUUUUGCCUCUUCUGCAGAAGAACUGACACACGAAUGCGCGCAAGCACAAUCAUCUUUGGGAUGUCUCACUCGCUAUUCCAAGAAAUGUUUAUCGCCUGAAGAACGUCCUCAAUUUAAUGAAGGUAUUUCUGGACCCCAGAAGUUGACACUUGGGCUUUGUACCGAAGACUCGGAUCUACGAUCAA